UCGGCGGCGGCGUUGGCGGCCGGGCGGAAGGCUUGCGUGUGGGGGCGGCAGGUUGGGUUUUGAAAUGGGAAGUGAAGAAGAAAAAUGGGAGAGACUGGAUGCAGAAUUCGAUCACUUUGUGGUUGAUAUGAAGCCCUUUGUUCUAAAAUUACCCCAUAGGUCAGAACGGCAGAGAUGUGCUCUAUGGAUUAGAAAGUUGUGUGAGCCUUCAGGAACAGGUGCAGGAGUCAUGGGCAGGAAGAAUCGGAACUUGUAUGCAAAAUUAUUAUUACAUAUGCUUAAACGAGGAGUGCUUGAAGGCCCUUUUACACACCGUCCUGAGCCAGGGACACUAAAAACAUUACCAUCAUACAUGUCCAUCUAUUUUGAUGAACCAAAUCCAGCACAAGCAAAAGGCUCAAGUCCAGAACAGUUACCUGACUGGGUACUGGGUGAACUGAACACAAGUGAGCGCAGAUUAAGUGAAUCAUGGAAUCUUUCUUCUGGAGAAGAUAGCACAUCAGUGCUGUUGCCAGCAGAUGCUCACAGUGGAGAACAUUACACUGAGAAGCCUCGAAUAAGAUCACAUUCUAUAAGUCCAACUCACAGAGAAGAUGGAGAAAAUAUUACCCCAAAGAACUGUGAAGUUCAUUUUAAAAAAUCUUCUGUUUCUUUGGAUGACAGUGACAUUGAAGCUCGUCUUAAUAGUUGGAAUCUUGGGAUAGAAAAUCCUCGGUAUCUGAGACAGAAGCCUCUCCCAGUUUCUCUGAUGACCUCCAAGUUCAGCCUGAGAAAGUCCACCAGUCUCCAUGAUGACCAUUUUCUAUCUCGGAUGCAUGAAAAAGAGUUGGACAUGAAAACAAAAAUGAUGGAAGCAAAAUUUCAUGAAGAAAAGCUUAAGCUACAACAGAAACAUGAUGCUGAUGUUCAGAAGAUUUUAGAAAGAAAGAAUAAUGAAAUAGAAGAACUGAAAACUUUAUACAGAAAAAAACAAAAUGAAACUGAAGAGACUAUAAGAAAGCUUGAAAAGAAAGUUCAGGCCCUUAUACGUGACUGCCAAGUUAUCAGAGAGACUAAGGAAAACCAGAUUAUAGAGCUCAAAAAGAUAUGUGAACAAAGUGCAGAAUCUCUGAAUAAUGACUGGGAGAAAAAGCUCCACAAUGCUGUAGCAGAAAUGGAAAAGGAAAAAUUUGAGCUUCAAAAACGACACACUGAGAAUAUUCAAGAACUGCUUCAGGACACAAAUGUACGUUUGAAUAAAAUGGAGAAUGAAUACAUGGCACAAACACAGUCAACAAACCAUGUGGUAAAAGAGCUGGAAGCCCGUGUGCAGCAGCUGACUGGAGAAGCAGAGAACAGUAAUUUACAGAAGCAGAAAUUAAUUCAAGAUAAAAUGGAACUUGAAAGAUGUUAUCAGAUAACACGUAGUGAAUUACAAGAACUAAAGGCAAGGCACAACAUACUUCAUGAAGAAAAAGAGCAUCUUGUAAAUGAUUAUGAGCAAAAUAUGAAACUAUUACAAAUCAAACAUGAUACUGAUAUGAACCUCUUGAAACAAGAACAUUCCCUCUCAACUUCUAAGACAUCUGGUAUGAUUGAAGAAUUAGAACAAAAUAUCUGUCAAUUAAGGCAGCAGGUACAGGAAUCAGAACUUCAAAGGAAGCAGCAGAUCAUUGAUCAAGAAAGCAAGUUUCAAAUGGAGAAAAAUAAUUUAAAACACACCUAUGAAAAAAAGGUUCAUGAAUUACAGAGUGAGUUUGAAAAAGAAAAAGAAGAUGCACAAAAGAAAGUCCAUAAAUUUGAGGAAGCAUUGAAGGAGAAAGAGGAGCAGCUCACUCGUGUGACUGAAGUACAGAGGUUGCAGGCCCAGCAGGCAGACGCUGCUCUGGAAGAGUUUAAGCGGCAGGUGGAGCUGAACUCAGAGAAAGUCUAUGCCGAAAUGAAAGAGCAGAUGGAAAAAGUGGAAGCAGAUCUAACUAGAUCCAAGUCUCUUCGUGAGAAACAAUCAAAGGAGUUUUUCUGGCAGCUAGAGGAUGUCAAACAGCGAUAUGAACAGCAGAUAGUAGAGCUGAAGCUGGAGCAUGAACAGGAGAAGACGCACCUAUUACAGCAGCAUAACGCAGAGAAGGAUAGCCUAGUCCGAGACCAUGAACGGGAAAUUGAAAACCUGGAGAAACAGCUUCGCGCUGCCAAUAUGGAGCACGAAAAGCAAAUUCAAGAGUUCAAGAAGAGAGAUGCACAGGUCAUUGCGGAUAUGGAGGCCCAGGUUCACAAAUUGAGAGAAGAACUGAUUAACGUGAACUCUCAGAGGAAGCAGCAGCUGGUAGAGCUUGGUCUUCUUCGUGAAGAAGAAAAGCAAAGAGCUGCAAGGGACCACGAGACUACUGUCAACAAGCUGAAGGCUGAAUCAGAAAAGAUGAAAAUGGAGCUGAAAAAGACUCAUGCAGCUGAGACAGAGAUGACUCUGGAAAAGGCCAACAGCAGGCUGAAGCAGAUUGAGAAGGAAUAUACUCAGAAGCUUGCCAAAUCUUCCCAGAUCAUAGCAGAACUUCAGACAACCAUUUCCUCUCUGAAAGAGGAAAGCAGCCGGCAGCAGCUUGCUGCAGAAAGGCGGCUCCAGGAUCUUGUACAAAAGUUUGAAGAUGAGAAGAAGCAGCUGAUUAGAGAUAAUGACCGAGCAAUCAAGGCUUUACAAGAUGAACUUGAAAACCGCUCUAGUCAGGUGCGAUGUGCAGAAAGAAAACUUCAGCACAAAGAACUGGAGUCCCAGGAACAGAUGACUUACAUACGACAAGAAUAUGAACUGAAACUUAAAGGGCUGAUGCCAGUAUCUCUCAGGCAAGAACUUGAAGACACCAUUUCCUCCCUAAAGUCACAGGUUAAUUUUCUGCAGAAGAGAGCAUCCAUCCUUCAGGAGGAACUGACAGCCUAUCAAGGGAGAAGAUAACUGCAUGGAAAAGCAUGAUGGAUGCAGUUACCCAGACUGAGCCGGGGACUUCUCCCAACAGGUUUGAAGAUUUGGAGAUUGUAAGGAAAGCUGUGAAAUCGGUGGCAUUUAAUACUGAAGUGUACUUUAAGAUCAUAAAAGCACAUGUCAUC